UGACCAAUCGUCAUGCAUUGAUUUUACAGCUCCGCCAUCAUUGUUGUUAUUUUGAGGCACAGACGUAAAACAGUUUUUGACGCAGGAAUACUCGCCCAAAAUGUCAUCACCAAGUCCAGGAAAACGAAGAAUGGAUACAGAUGUUGUUAAACUGAUUGAGAGCAAACAUGAGGUCACUAUUCUUGGAGGCCUGAAUGAGUUCAUAGUGAAGUUCUAUGGACCUGUGAGCACUCCAUAUGAAGGAGGUGUGUGGAAAGUUAGGGUGGAUUUACCCGAGAAGUACCCUUUCAAGUCACCUUCCAUAGGUUUCAUGAAUAGGAUCUUCCAUCCUAACAUAGAUGAAGUGUCGGGUACAGUGUGUUUAGACGUCAUCAACCAAGCAUGGACAGCUCUGUAUGACCUGUCCAACAUCUUUGAGUCUUUCUUGCCCCAGCUCCUGACCUACCCUAACCCAAUAGAUCCUUUAAAUGGAGACGCAGCUGCCAUGUACCUGCACAAGCCAGAGGACUACAAAAAGAAAGUACAAGAGUAUGUUAGAAAGUAUGCAACAGAAGAGGCCCUUCGAGAACAAGAGCAUCAGUCAUCGUCUAGUGAGAGCUCCAUGAGUGACUUCUCCGAGGAUGAGGCACAGGACAUGGAGCUAUAACACAUCGUACACUAGACAUUCUCAUCUGUACAUACAAGUACAUCAUCCUCUCACCGACCAUGGGGAUCAGUGACUGUGCGACACUUGUCUGUUGCUACAGGGACGUCUGAGAUCUGGACCAGUCUGUUGUUAUAUGACUUCAUGUUUAUUUUCAGAGUUCAGGAUUUGUCUCUGUCAAAAUUUCUGUAUUAAGUUGAGCCAUUUCGUUCUUUUAAGCCACAUGAGAUCUAUCAGAUUGAUUAGUUUCACUUUUCAUACCAUAUUGCCUUCAGAUGAAGAUUGUUUUGCAAGAAGCUAGUUCAAAUGAAAAGACAAUGUAAACCUUUUUAUGACUGCUAAAUGCUGAAGAGAGAUAAUGCUUUCCUUUAUCCUCUGUCGAUCACAAUAUAAACUCAGGGAUAUUUUUUUAUCAAAUCAACAUCCACGAAGGCAAUUUCGAUCUGAUCAAAAUUCUCUGUUAUUUCAGUAGGUAUUUUUAGAGGUCAAAUCUGAUACAAAAUGUGUUCCAUUGAAAUAGUUUUAUUUUCCAGUGAAAGCUCAGGGUACCUGUUGUUGAUUGUAUUGACAAAAUGGUAGACUUUCCUUGUCUAGUCAGAUCUAUCUGUGGUUUAUUUGCAUGAAAUGGUUUUAGUUGGUGAAGAAAAGUCCAUAAAUAUAAUAAUCUUCAUAGGGUACUGAGUGGAAACAGGUGUUUUGUAUAAGAAACCAUACUUGCUGUAUUAAGGGUUUUACUCCAGAGGAGAUGUUAGAUUGAUACAACUUAAGCUUGUGUUGAGUUUGUAUUGUAUAUGUUCAUAGCUUAAUUGUAUGGUAUGCUGAUGCAUGCCUAUGGACUUGGAUUCAAAUUAAUUAUUUUACAAAAAAGAAAUUUAAAAUAUUUCAUUCUCGAGUACAUUUCAAAGUUCAAUACUCUUACGAGAAAUUUAUGACAUUCGUUGCAUAUGCUUAAUAUGCACUUCAGAAUUUUAUUUGAAAGACACAUUUAUUUAAAAAAAUAAUUUUAAUCACAAUAGAUGAUAGAUGUUUGGAAUUGUUGAAAUGUUAUAUCUUGUCUUUUUAAGGAACAGCUAACAAGGCGACAUGUAUUUUAUUGUUACCUUAAUUUGACUUUCAAACAGAUUGAUUCUUUGUCUGGUCUUUCAGUCAUUUCACAGUGCUACAAAUCUGUUUUUCUACCCAUUUUGUCUUUCAGACUUUCUUUCUUACAAAUGAAGCCUUCAGAAAGCUUUUUGGGAAAAAAACUGUUUCAAAUGUUUUCGAAAUCAUUAUGAAGUUAUACAUAGCAAUAACUAUAUUUGGAACAAAUAUGGCCCAACUUCUAAAUAAAACGAAAAUGUCAAGUAAUUUUAUUUUAAAUAAUACAUUGACAUAGCUGAAAAGUAGAAAUGGGACAAUGUUUAUGAAAAUAUUUUGUGCAGCUAUUCAGUUACCGGGGACAUGCAUUUUAAGACCAGUUGUAUCUUUUAUAGUAAUUAUAAAAGUUAUGUCCCAUUAAAAGAAACAGAAAUAUUCUUGAAAAGUCAAUAUAAUAUUAAAACCAGAGUUGGCACAACAUGCAAGUUCUUGCUUGAUUUUUCAUUGUAUGUAGUGAUUAUGUUAAAGACACGGAGAAAAAAAAAGGAACAGUGAAUAGUUUAUUGAUCUUUGUACUCAAAUAUUAUCAUAGAAACUCCUUUCACAAGUGUUAAAUUUGUUUAAAGACAGAGUAAAUUAAGAAAAGAUAAGCAUCACAUUUUGUUUUUAUGCUUUGAAGAGAGAAAAGGUAAAAAUUUGAAGAAAGAUUGGUUUAUUCUAAACAAAUGCCCUGUUAAGAUUACAGGUACCUGUAGCACUGACUAAAGAUACCUCGUUAAUGUUGAAACAUUGCUGCAAGUGUCGUUGGGUUAUGUAUAAUAUUGUGUUGAUAUAGAGGAUUCAUGAAAGUUGACCCUUUGUGUGGAAUUAAAACCAACGUUAGCCAUCCCCUGGUCUUCUCCCAACGGAGUUCAUGUAGUGUAUCAUUGAUUAUUAAUCAUGUUGUUUAGGAAAAUCCAAAAUGCAAUAUGCCUGCAAAUGUGUUUUGAUGUAAUGUAGAUACAAGACUCUACACAAUGUUUUUGAUAUGCAAGAAAUAUCAAUUUUAAUGUGAUUUUAAUAGUUGAAAAAUAUAUUGAUUUAUCCAAUUGAUUGUGAUCACUGUUUUAGGCGUUAAUAUCUUUAAACAACACAAAAGAUAUUAGUAUUUGUUACGUGCAAUUUUGUUUUUACAUUUUAAAAUAAAAUGAUUAGGGAAAUCAAACUUCGAAUUUCUUAAUUAGUAAUAAAAUAACGGAGGAAUUACAAAUUCAAUUAUCUUAAUGAAACAUCACUAAAAGAAAUUAUAUGCAAAUUUAUUCUGUCAAGAUUUGAAUUGACUUUUUAAAUUUUGGAAAUUACUUCUAUUACAUUCCUUUAGAAAAAGUAGGAGGAAUUAGUUUAAGUUAAUUAAUAGCAAAAAAUAAGAUAAAAUCAUUCUUUGUGAUAAAAUGAAUUACAUUUCUUUUAAAGAUCAAAAAUUGUUUGUCUGGAGGCAUGUGUUAGAUGAGAUAAGAAAAGUCAGACAGAACUACCUGUUUCAGAUGAAUUUUGGGUAAAUGAAAAUGAUAUUUGGCAUAGAAAGAGAUUUUGAUGAGAAUUUAUUGCAUCUUGAAUUUUCUAACAUAUAUAUAUAUUUGAAUGAUAAACUUGUGUCUGUUCGCGUGAUUUGUGCCUGAUGUGUGGUGCGUGUAUGAGCGAUAGGGGUGUAAAGGAUUGCAUGUCGUGUGUGAGAACCUGGUUAUGGAUGCCGAAGUGAUUUUUCAGCUUUUAAUAGUACAAUGCAUUUUAUCUUUGUUUUGCUACAUUUCCCUGUUAUGUUUUACUUUAAAGAAUUCAGUCGCACUAUCCUUUCUGUCAGACAAUAGUUACGUUUGAUUGUAUACAUGUAUGCCAGGUUUUCCGUACUGUUUUCUGAUAUCAGUAAGAUAUUUCUAAUUGUUUUCAUUUGAUAAAAUGGUUUUCAAAGAUAUUGAAAAGAAUAUUCAACUUGUUUAGGUGUUUAGGAUUAAAUUAUUGUCCUAUAUCACUUUCAUUUCAUAUUCACUGGUUUUAAUAAAAAAAACUAAAAAAACACUUUCUGCAACAUUCUGUAUGGCGUAUAACUUUCAUACUUUGUAAAUUUGUUGAAGACAAUGAAUUUACAUUUGAAUCUCCAAUACUCGGCUAUGUAAGGCAUUGAGUACUGAUAUUAGGGUCUACAUAUCAAAGAGUAACAUCUGACCAUCAAAUUUAUAGAAGUUUUUUCCCCAUGUGGUGAUUUUUGUUCUAGUAGGAUAUUAAACUAUUGUCAGUCAUGUCAUUUUCAUUAUUUAAAUGUAUGAACACAGUACUAAAAUGAAGAAAACAAACAUUAUCAAUCUUCUUGAAGUCAUUAUCAUUGUUGAAAACACAGCAUUUUACAUUGACUGUUGAGCUUGUUCUGAUGGAUUUCACAAAGAUUUAAGCAUGCACUGAUUCUUAAGUCAUUUUAAAAGUGCACAAUUAAAGCAAUCUUCUAAUGAAAUUUUACAUUUCACAGAUACAAAAACCUAUUUCCAUGAAGGAAUGUCAUGUAUUGUAAGAUUUUUUUCAAGUUUUCUUUCAUUUUUCAAUUCUCGAAACCAUCACAGAAAAAAUGUACCAAAACCUGUUAAUUCUGUUCAAAAGAUGUUAUACACAAGUUCUUAAAUGUGGGAAAAUAGCAUUGACAUUUGAAUGUAUUGAUUUUUCCUGUUGAUUUAUUUUAAUGCUACUUACCCAUUAUAUGUAUUGAUAAUUAACCUAUGUUGAUAUAUAUCAUUUGUGAUUUGUUUUUUGCUUAAUUUGUUAAUGUGUCCUGGGGUUAUAGUUAUGUAAUAGACUUAGUAGUUAUCAAGGUCAAACAAAUGAGCUAACAAGGUCAACACAGCGUUAUCAAGGUUAAACAUGUGUUACCAAGGUCAACACAGUGUUGCCAAGAUCAAACACAUGUUACCAAGGUAAAAUAUGAGCUACAAAAGUGAAAACAGUGAUACCAAGGUCAAACAUGUAUUACCGAGGUCAAACCUGUUGCAAAAGUCAAAAAUGUUACCAAGGUCAGAUAUGAGCUAUCAAGGUCAAAACAGUGUUGCCAAGGUUAAACAUGUAUUAACAAGGUCAAACAUGUGUUACCAAGGUCAAAUCUGAGCUACCAAGGUCAAAUAUGUGUUACUUGCAUCAAAUUUGUCUUAAAAAUGGUCGAAGCAUUGUACCAAUUUCAAACCAGUAAUACUAAGGUCAGACCUACAUGUUAAUUAUUAGGUCUAUUUGUGUGACCAAGAAACCUGUAUAUGAUGGAAUCUUGAAUUGUCUUGCACGCUUUAAUAGCUACUUGCUACUUGCUACCAGGAUACUGGUAAGUGAUCACAUUUUGUUGACAAUUCAUGUUUCAUUAUUCCCCAAAAAAUUGUUAUGCCAGACUUUCAUCUGAAACUUAUUGUCCGGACAAUGUUCCAUUGUAUACUCAGUAUAAAACAAUGUGAAGUAUAUAUUAUGACGUGUUGCAUAUAAGGCAAAAUAUUUGUCAGUGUCAUUUGUAUUUUAAGAUGGAAUAUAUGCUUUGGAAAUUAUUACUGUGCUGGAUAGUAAAUUCACUGGGUUGUUUUCAUGUCGACCUGUAGCAAACAUACAAUAAGUAAUUAAAAAAGAAAUCUUUUAGAAAAUAUAGCAAGUUGCAAGUUUGAUUAAGUGAAUUAACUUAAAUUGUACACGCACUGAAAAAUAUUGUUACUGAAAAUAUAUAGCUGGUGCAGAUCACAUGGAAAACCAUUCUUAAAAUUUUUGACUAGGUUGGACUAAGGAUAUAGACAUCGGAUUGUAAUCUUGUUUGUAAAGUUUAUAAACCAAGGGAUUAUGAUUGUUGAAUUCAUUUGUGAAAAUUAUUUCUGAAUUGUUUGGUACAUGUAAUUGGAUACUGUUGUUAUGUAAAGUUGUACCUGUGAACCAUCGGGUAUCCUCAGGAUAUACUUACUUAAAAGUAUCCAGCAGUUCUAAAAAUAGCCUCAUUAAUUUGUAACAUACCACCCAAAUUCUUGCACUCCAAUUCAGGAUUCUAAAAGGAAAAACAAUUCAAUGAGACCUCCUGGUAAUAAAAAUACUAGAAAUUCAUCGAGAUUUUUUUUUUUUUUUAAACCUUAAAGCUCCUAGAUAAUCUACUUCGUUAAAGAUUUCAUGUUCAUUCUUCAGGAAUGCAUCAUUAUGGAGUACUACAUUUCAUGAUCAGCACAUGUACUGUAGCUUUUAAUUGAACAAAAAAACAACAACAUUGCACAUCAUAUGUUCAUGUAUGUCUUGUUUAAACACACAUUCCUAAACUUAAUUCUCACCUUAAUCUUCCAGAUGUACUAAACAAAUUUGGCCCUUGUCAAUACAAAUCUAGUCACUUUUGAUCAAAGCAGUGGAAGUUUAAACCUUUCCAGUCAACCAAUUAGAAAACCAUGACGGAAAUUUGAAGCCAAGAAUUUGUUGCGGGUAGGUCAUUAGUUUAGAAUUCUUGGUUGACCAGCAUUUUUUUCACUGUAUAGAUACCCCUGAACUUAUCAUUUGUUAUCGUUCUGCACCUCAUUUUGAUAAUGCAUGCAUGUGGCAUCUGUUUACCAGUACAUGUAAUUUGUAGACUGAGAUAAAUGAUUUUAGCACAUUAUACUAGAUCAAUAUGUAUUUAUUCUUUAAGGAAAUGAAUAAAAAAUGUUAAAUCCUAAAA